GUGCAUAUAAAAACAGAUUGAGUAUUUUCCAGCUAUCAGUUGAAAAUUAUUUUUCAUUUGAUUUAGUUCGUUGCCAGUAUUUUUUUUUCAAAUUAGAAUCGCGAAUAAUCAAGAAGGUCGCGGCGUUAAACUUGAAAGUGAUUAAGUAGGAUUAGGUACGACCAAAGCGAAUUAAAAAGUGAUAAGGUUUCAUUCUGUUGCGGCUACGGUUGAUAAAUCACUCCGUCUACUACAAAUGGCUGAUCCUGGUGAAUGUUUAACGUGUGCUCAAGCUAAUUCGGUACCUCUAUCUCAGAAACCGCACAAAGAGGGUACGACCGAAUUAAAAUAUCCGCAAUUUCCUGUGGAGCGGAUGCUAAUGAAGGAGUUGAAUCUCUGUGCUCACGAUCCAAUCUUGGUACCGCCAUCAUAGCUUGGUUCCCUUGGGGGUGAUAUUUCUCAGAAAUAUAAUGGUAUUAAAAUUGCCCUGUGUGGGAGCCUACGCGAAUGUGAAAAGACAAUAGAUGCGUUAUUAGAAUCUCGUUUAGUAUUUAGCAUUUAAGGAUAUUUUAAAUUAGCAAAAUGACAAUGUUCCCGUUGCAGAGGUCUUAUAAAUAUAUCAUGUAUGCCACCAAGCAACCGUCUUUACGAAUCAACCAGGCCGACCUCAAGUGCAAAGCUGGAUGUGGAUUUUAUGGGAAUGAUGAUUGGGAAGGAUACUGUUCAAAAUGUUAUCGCAACCAGAUGGAGAUGGAAAGGCGCCAGAAGUCGAAGCAUGUACAGCUAAGGGAACACCACGCCGAAUCGUCGAAAAGUCAAGUUCCGGGCUUUAGUAAAUUCGAAGAGAAGAAGAGGCAGCAAACUGACAAAAAAAAUAAAUAUUUGAAGAGUUUACCUGUGUUUAGAAAAACAUCCAGCAUUAAAGAAUCAGGGAAACCCGAAAAAUAUGUUAACACGAGACAAAACAAUCCUGACGCCAAUAAACUGAUGACGCAAUUUCUUUCAAAAUAUGGCUACUUAGACGACAACGUAAGGAAGGACUUUGAGAAAUGCGCACAAGCGUUCAUCACGAAGAUGCUAAGUGAGGUGGAUUUAAAACCAGUCGACGAACUGGCGGAAAUGGCUCAGAAAUACUACAAUUUAUACAACACACGCAUUAAUUCUUAUCCCGUUUACCAAGACCUCAAUGCGGAAGUGCGGACUGAUUUAGAAGAUUACUUUGAAAAGUAUGCCAUGAUCAGCCUGUAUACAUCGCUUUUUUGUCCUGCAUUCACCAACGACGAAGAAAAGGACCUAUCCAUUCAAGACAGAAUAAGAAAACUAACAUGGAUAAAUGCUCAUCAUCUUGAUUGUAGUAUAAGUGAAACGAGUCUGGAAGUUAGAGAUUUAGUUUAUACGGCGAUCAACGAUUUGCUGGGUAUGGACUCCGUGAAAUCAACUCAAGAAAAAUUACAAUGUGUGGUCAAAUGUUGUAGAAGCGUUGUCGAAGUAUUGCAACAUUGUCAGGGUGGACCAGUAAGUGCUGAUGAAUUUUUACCUGCUCUUAUAUUUGUUGUGUUGAAAGCCAAUCCUGCCCGAUUAAAAAGUAACAUUUUAUAUGUUACAAGAUUCUGCAAAGAUUCCAGGUUAAUGCAAGGGGAGGCAGGAUACUAUUUUACAAACUUAUGUUGUGCAGUUUCCUUUAUAGAAAACUUAACAGCUGAAUCUUUAAAUAUGCCGGAACAGGAAUUUCAGGCUUACAUGUCCGGGGAUGUCACUACAGUUAGUGCUUGGGAAUCCGCUUUAGUUGCUUGUGAAGGGAUGCAUCAAUUAUGUGAACAUUUAGCUCUUUUAAAAAAUCUAAAAGAAAGAAAUAGUUCAAUUCAAGAGGAGAAGAAAAGAUUGGCAGAAGAAAUGAAAAAUAUUAAGGAGGAUAUAACACGUGAAGUAUCUUCCGUAUUGGAAAGAACGCCUCUCAUAAUAAAGCCAAGGAAACCUUUACCGAUGGUAGACCAAAGAAAUACUACCGGAUCUCUGUUGGCUAAUAUUGCUAUUGCUACUCAGAAUAUUUCUCCCAAUGCUGACAAGGCCAAACUUACUUUGGAUAUCACACCAUGCAUAACGUUUCCUCCAUCAGAAGAAAACACUUUAAAUCAACCAUCAGAGGAUCUCUUAAGUCCGUACGAAGCGAGCUUAGAGGGUGCCACUCCCGACGAUACUAGCAUGUUGGGGCUUUCCAAAGUAAAUUAUGACAUCGACUUUUCCGAUUUUAGCGCCGACAAUAGUAUGGCCGAAGUACUUACACCGGAAAAACGAUGUUCUCCUAGCCCUAGCUUCACCCCAGACCCUUUCAGUCCUAUGUCGGCGACGACUUGUACGAUAACACAGCAGCCUUUGAUACCUUCAAGCGUACCACUUCAAGUAAGCACCGUGGAUGAUUCUAAGAAAACGAAGGCGGAUUUCGUUUUGCCAUUUUUGGAUGAUCUACCUAAAGAGUCGAGCGAGGAAACUCUUCUGGAUAAAACGGAAUCGACUCCAACGAUAAAUUUACCGCCGCCUAUUAAUCCCACCAAGACAGAGUACACGGGUUUCUCGAAACAGGGUUGGAAAAUUCCGAGCAUUCCUUGUAACACGGGCGAUUAUAGUUGUUUGAGUUCACAGCCUGGAACUUCUAAACAAGACGAGUAGUGUUAUAAUAAAUUCUUGUGAUUGUUUUUUUAUUUAUUGAUUUAAGUAUUAAUUAGUUAUAAAACCAGAAAAUAUUUAUUAAUUUUUAGAGUUAAUUUUAUUAUAUUUUAUUUAAAAAAUCUAAAUAAAAUGAGUAGUUGUUGGA